ACACACAGGAUGCAACGCGCCAAAAAAACAGAAGAAGAAGAAAAAGAAGAAGAAGCCACGCGGUUUCUUAUUUAGGUGUUAAACUAUCACUGUGUAUAUGUUACGUAUAUUUUAGCGUUAAAAUGAGUUCUCAAACAGGAAAUGUUUCCCGAUCGCGAGGCCAAAAACACCAGAAUGUAACUGCCUUCAAAAAUGACAAGUACGGAGCAAGCGAACAAGUUAAGAAAGCCAAAUCAAAGGCUCAUGAUGGUCUGUGCCAGCAUUGCAAAGAUGUGCUGGAGUGGAAAGUCAAGUACAACAAAUACAAGCCCCUUACACAGCCACGAAAAUGUGUAAAGUGUCUUCAGAAAACAGUGAAGGAUGCCUAUCAUAUCAUAUGCAAGCCAUGUGCACUAAAGCUGGAGCUUUGUGCAAAAUGUGGGAAGAAGGAAGAGAUUGUCAUUCCACUUGACAAGAAGGAAGAAGAAGAGGUAGAGGAUAGCAGCCAGCCAAAUAAAGGGAAGAGACAGAAAAAAAAAGACAAGGAGGAGGAUGAUGACGAAGAUUUUGAUGACCUGGGCUUUAGCAAUGAUGAUGGUGAUAGUGAUUCUUGACUGUGAUUUUGUGAAUCUGUGAUAGCUGAAAUCGCAUUUGGUCUCGUACUGUAUCGCGUACCUGUGUUGUGCGCUUGCUUGGCCAUUUGUUGUGAUAAACAGGAAAGUGUGUCCAAACGCCAGCAAAACACAGUGUAAAGAUGAACUCUGUCGGAGAAGCAGUCAAUCAGCAGAAGUUAAAAGCAGAUCAUAAGUGUAUCUAUUUCUUGUCUCAAUGUUUAGCGCAGUUAUCGUUGCAAGGAAACGCUUGUUUUGUUUACUGUGUGGAGAUGUGCAGAAAUUGCGUUUUGAUCUCUUGAUACUUUCUUUUUCUAUUGGUCUCUGGAAUUGCCUGUCUGCUGUAAACAAAACAGAUUUUAUUACUUCUAUUACUAGUCAUUCAAGACUAAACCUCAUGGCCCUAACAGAGACCUGGAUCAAACCAGAGGACACUGCUACUCUCCAAUAAUUUCUCUUUUUUUUAAAUCACAAAAUCCUACUGACCUUAAAGUAUAUCGAUCACUCCUCUCUUCAUUCUCUACUAAUGUCUCAUCUGCUAAAAGAACAUACUAUCACAACAAAAUUAACAAUUCGCCGAACUCUCGCAUGCUCUUUAAAACAUUUUCCUCCCUCCUUUGUCCUCCUUCAUCAACUCUAACAGCUGACUACAUUAAAAAAUUACAAACCUCAGUGCACAGUUUGCCACACCACAAACUGUCAAGCACAUCUUACCAUCAAACAUACACUCGUUUUCAUCCUUCUCUCCACUCUCUGAGGCAGUAGUCUCUAAACUCAUCCUUUCCAAUCAUCCUACUACUUGUCUGCUUGAUCCUAUUCCAUCUUAUCUCCUAUCCUUGUAUAACCCUAAGAAACCCAAUCGAAACCCAACUCUUUUAGAGAACUCUUUUAGAGAACUCUUUAAGAUAACUCUUUUAGAGAACUCUUUUAGAGAACUCAGACCACAUUGCUAAAACUGCCCGGUCCUGCAGAUUUACUUUAUGCAACAUUAGGAAGAUCAGGCCCUUUCUUUUAGAACAUGCGAAAGAACUCCUUGUUCAAGCUCUUGUCCUAUUCAGGCUGGACUAUUGCAGUGCUUUCUUGGCAGAUCUUCCAGGCACUUCUAUCAAACCUCUACAAUUAAUCCAAAAUCUGAAAAGUCUGUUUAUCAAUUUGCACUGGCUACCAGUAGCUGCUCGCAUAAAAUUCAAGGCAUUGAUGUUUGGCUACAAAACCACCAUUGGCUCUGCACCCCUUUACCUAAAUUAAUUACUUCAAAGUUAUGUGCCCUUUAGAAGCAUGUGUCGUUCUGCAAGUGAACGACACAUUAUUAUGCCAUCUCAAAGAGGCAUAAAAUCACUUUCACAGACUUUUUCAUUAACUGUUCCCUCCUGGUAGAAUGACCUGCCCAAUUUGAGUC